GUAUUUUGUUCGAGCGUGGGGAUAGCUGCCUCGUGUUCAAUAGAGACAUUACAAGAGAAAGCAAAGACUUGCGUGAAUGGAUUUUUCGACAACCUCAAGAAGGAUCGACACCAAGACUGCAGGUACGAAAAAAUAUGGUGGCUCCUAUUUCAUGCGAGCGUGAAUUCUGUAUAGGGGUUAUAGUUAUAUGCUGUUUAUCUGGUGUGGCUAAGCCGUACGGCGAGUAAGAAUUGAAAGUUAUCUUUAAGCCUUAAAUUAGAAGCGAACAAGACAAGUCAAGUAACUAUUCGCAAAUUACGAAAUUAUAGUUAUAUGCUGUUUAUCUGGUGUGGCUAAGCCGUACGGCGAGUAAGAAUUGAAAGUUAUCUUUAAGCCUUAAAUUAGAAGCGAACAAGACAAGUCAAGUAACUAUUCGCAAAUUACGAAAAUGGGUUGGUUAAUAUAAUUUGUUUUGUUUUUAGUUUUUCUUAUCUCGAAAAAAUGAUUUAAACAUAAGGGAAGAUGAUCUAUUCUCCGAAUGAUGAUGAUGAUGGUUGUGUUGGUGCUACGUAUUAACAAACAAUUGCGCUCUAAUGAAUUUUUGAAAUACAUCAAAUUUUCUUCUAUUUUUGUUUUCCUUUUUUCAUUAGGAAACUUUUCACCUCCAAAGUAAAGCACUGCAUCAUAAAGGUCAUCGAUAGCUGUCGAAAUCGAACAGAUGGCAAAACUGUAAGCUCUAAAAACUUGAUCUCUAGCUGGCAGUAUUAUUGCAAAGAUGGAAUGCUUUACUCCUUUAAAGGCUACAAAAAGCUGCAGAACUGUCCGGACACAACGCUAGAAAAAAUAGGGAAGUGCGCAAGUUCAUUCUACAAGAAAUUCAAAGAGAACAAGGGAAGCCGGUCUUUGUGCAGGUUAGAAUAUUGUACGUGAUUUUCACUGCAUUAUCAUUUUCUUCGCUCAGCGAGUGUUCUUGCAUACGCUCUACAAUUAAAGUGCACUUUUAGGCAAAAUUAAUUUUCUCCCAAUCCGUUUUUGUUUCAGAAAAUUCACCAAGGCUAAGAAAUGCAUUAGAACGACCCUAGAAAGGAACUGCGACAAGAACUCUUGGGAAAAGAAUGCCGCGAAGCGGUACCAAGACCCUCACAACCCUUAUUGCCCCGGAUGGGUGGAUUUGAAAAGAAAACCAGGUUUGUAUAGUACUUCGUGAUGUACGUGGUGAAUUAUUAAUAAUAAUAAUAAUAAUAAUAAUAAUAAUAAUAAUAAUAGUGAUGAUGAGGAUGAUAAUGAUGUUGAUGCUGAUGAUGAAUAAUGAGGCCUUGGGACUAGGCAAAGAUAUUUUUAUCUUUAUUUUAAUCUAAUUUCUACACUUUUUCUUUACAGUGCCAAGGAGUCCUGGAAGACGGUUCGGAUCAUGCUCAGAAAGUGAAUAUCUGUCUUUAACAAGAGUCUGCAUUGCGAGUUUCGUGCAAACUCUCCAAAAAAAUCCCAAAACAUCUUGCAGGUUCGUAAGUGUAGUUUGCAUCCUCAGUAUAUUUUUAUCGAUAAAUAACGACGACUGGCCGCAAAGCACGAGAUGAAAUGCCACACCAUUUACGUUAAACAUGUUUUUGCUGCAAAAGGCACGAUUUAUUAUGUAGCCGUAGCAACGGUGAUACGGAUGAACAUGCAAAACUUGGGUAGUUCAAUAUACAUUUUCUGGCGUUUUUCCUUUCAGACGGGUAUACAUGGACAAGAUAAACAAAUGCGCGAAGAACUUGGCUCUUCACUGCCAUAAAAAUGAAUCCAAAUACGAUAGAAGAAACGUGGAGCGAUCCUUCAAUAGCAGAAGCUUUCGAGCCUACCAAGAACAAGUUUAUUGCAAUGGCAUGAACUUACAGGUUCCCCUUCCACCUUCUUUGAGACGACAUCAGUGCUCGAAGAACUUUCUGGCAGAAAAGGGGAGAUGCGAAGACAACUAUGUUAAGACUUACAGAGAGAACAAAGCGGACAAGACUCUUUGUAGGUAUGUAAGUUUUGUAGCUUAAAUGGAAUUAAGGCUAAACGUAAGUAUUCGGUUUCUCAAAUAUGCUCUCGCAUGGGAAACAGGUAACGCCUCUACACGCCUAGCCUAUGUGUGCAGAGUUAAUAAAACCCCACCUAGUAAUGUCUGCCAAACAGCGCCGAUAUCCUUGUUCUGGGCCUCUAGAGGACUCAUGUCGACAAUUUUACCGCAAAUGAGUUUCGAAUUUCCCUUCAAGCUGACUGGCAGAUUGACGAUUUUUUUUUUCUGUAACAGGCCAAUCAUGGCGCUUGCUCAAAUCCUGGUACCUAGAUGGGGCCCACAAUUUCGGCACUGUUUCGCAGAUGGACUAAAUCAGAAGUUUAGUGGCUAUUCCAUGACGUGCAAAGAAUUAUUAUUUAUUCUCUCUCUUUCUUUCUCCUUUUUUUUAUUUUCAGGAAGUACGCAGAAGCAAAGGCCUGUGUCAAGAAUGCCACACUUACCCUGUGCAAGAAGAUGACAGGAGAACAAGUUGAAGUUGUAAACUUCUAUUGCGACACGUUUAACCCAUUUUGUUUCAACCUCUCAGACCCACCGAUGGUUAAACGGUCGCUGGUGCCUAUGCAUCGCGUCUCACGGGAGUCAGAUCCCCAGCUCCCCACGAUUACACCCACUCAAAGUGUAAAAGGAAUCGGUGAAGUGAAAUCUCGGGGAGGGGGUCAGUCAACUAGCCUCGCAAGUUAUCGUUUUGUCGUAAUUUCAUCUGUUGUAGCUUUGAUUCGUACUGUUUCAUGA